CUGCGAUCUGGAAAAAGGGUGUGUGUGUCUUUAAGACGCUCGGGCGCCUCACUGCUGCUUCGCGUGCCGGGACAGAGUGACUCCGACGGCGCGAGAGCGAGAGUGAGAGAAAGGAGGGAGUGCGAGGGAAGAGCUGCGGGGUGAGAACACCGCGUCGAGGUUGUCCACUCUGUGACUGCUCACGGCUUUCGGAAUGAGGCCCGGCUGUGUGCUGCUUUUUCCAGCUUCUGCUGCACUCCUCUUUCUUCUGUCGGGACUGUCGCUGGUCACCGCCUGCAACAAAGCACUCUGUGCCAGUGAUGUGAGCAAGUGCUUAAUUCAGGAGCUGUGCCAGUGCCGGCCAUCAGACGGGAACUGCUCCUGCUGCAAGGAGUGCAUGCUGUGUCUCGGCACACUGUGGGAGGAGUGCUGUGACUGCGUUGGAAUGUGCAACCCGAAGAACUACAGCGACACACCACCAACCUCCAAAAGCACUGUGGAGGAGCUCCAUCGACCAAUCCCGUCGCUCUUCCGUGCACUCACCGAGGGAGAUUCACCCAUCAACAUGAUGGUGGUGUCCUUCCCAGUGGCUGAGGAGCUGUCACACCAUGAGAAUCUGGUCUCUUUCCUGGAGACGCUGGAUGAUGCCCACCACAACGUUUCGCUGCCUGGAAACAGCAUCCAUGCUAGUUAUGAUGGCUCUCGAGAUAACCUGUGUACAGUGGUGUACUUUGACGACUGCGUGUCCAUCCGACAGUGCAAGCUUUACUGCGAAUCUAUGGGGGGCUCCAAGUACCGCUGGUUCCACAAUGCCUGCUGCGAGUGCAUCGGGCCCGAAUGUGUGGACUAUGGCAGCAAGGUUGUAAAGUGCAUGAACUGCCUCUUCUGAGGGAAUUGGACUGGCUCUCAUAAGUAGUGGUUGACCAUGAGCAUGGGGCAGGAUUCAUGCAGAGCUGGUGGGACGUGAAGACCAGUGUCAGCAUGGUAUAAUGUGCCUCAGUAUUGCAGUGUAAAAUAUUUGUCCUUGCCAAAGACUUUACUAUUCAUGUUUUAAUGUACAUUUUUAGAUUUUUUUUUUUUUUUUUUUUUUUUUUUAAAUGGGUUUCUACCAUAGAUGUAUAUGGAUUGUACAUUUUUAUCCCACAGGAAUACCCCUGCAGAGCCAACUCGCAGUUUUUUAUAAAUUUGUUGCCAACUACAUGAUUUUGGUGGCUUCAGAAGUGUACUUAAUUUUCAGGGUUUUUUUUAAAAAUGUGAUAUUUGCCAUAUCAUACAAAGGUAUUUGGUAGAAUUCACCAUGGCAUUUUACCUGUUACAGAAAUUCAUUAUAUGACUUUAACAUGCAGUGACAGUUCAUGUGGUUUUAUUUAAUGAACUUUUUUUUUUUUUUAGUUGCUUGGUUCUGUCAGUACCUACACAGUAAGGUAGGGUUUCCUAAUCAUGUAGUAAACAAGAACAAUCUUCAACUAUAAGCCAAACUAAAUUUAACAGCUGAAAUAAAGGAAAACCAG